UAAAAAACAAACAUGGCGGAAGGAUUAUGAGUUGGCUCUUUCAAAAAAAAAAAGGUUGUACUGUUGAAUGGUUUAGCAAGGAAUGACGGAAUGGUUUAGCAAGUAAUGUAAAGUGUGUUAGUCUGCAGUUUAUAAAUAAUUUACUUUAUUCAUAUUUUGCAGCUGUUUUUUCUUCUUCUUAUAAACGCAUCUCUGCAAGUCGGCUUAACGCCGCUGCAGCCAACAAAAAUAUAUUUUUCUCGGACAUUUUGUUUUAAUGUAGAAGAGGUCAUGAAUACUAAAGAUAUAAUUUGUUAUGCUACACAAAUAGAGAAGCUGCAAAGUGAUGGCGGCUAUGAAGAUAUUAUAACACUAUUGACAGACCUGAACAACGCAUGUGUCACAGUAGAGCAGUUGCAGACUACCGACAUUGUUAAGGUCCUUUAUAAACUACUUAAGUUCUGUCCAGUUGUAAGUGCUAGAACAAUGGCAAAGGGCUUGCUUUCAAAAUGGAAGACGUUGUACAAGUUGUCAUCUUUGCUGAAAAGUAAUAACAAAAACAUGUGCGAGGAUAAGGAACUAGACACACUUGAUGCUGAUGUGUCCCACUUAAAUGAAAAGGGCAAUAAGAAUCAAGCAUUUACAUGCAACACAGAACAACAUGAUAUAACGAAGGAUGUAAACCAGGACAACUGCGAUGCAUGCUUAAAUAAGCUGUCUCCUGAAAAGCCUUGUCCAGUAAAAGAUGCUGCAGAAUCUGUUCAGAUACAUUGUGAGGAAGAGAGCUUCACUCUUGGUGCAGCAACACAUAGUCAAUCUGAUACAGAGAAAGAUUAUCAAACCUCAGUUCCUCCUAACACCAGUCGGGCCAGUGCUUCUUCUGACUCCAUGGCAUUGAGAUCCAAAUGUGUCCAUCUGAUUCUCCAGGCUCUUAGUUUAAAUCAGCAAAUACACUCAGAUGUUAUGGACAAACACAAAGUCCUUGCUGAGGAUAUUGAAACACACGUUCAUGCUCUUCACGGACGAAACCAGAUUAAGUACAAGUCCUGUAUCAGGAGCAAGGUGGCCAACCUAAAAAACCCAAAGAACCCUCACCUGCGCCAGGGCCUUAUAUCAGGACACCUGACUCCAGAUGCAUUCGCCCGGAUGUCAGUGGAGGAAAUGGCAGGGGAGGAACUUCGACAGCUCAGGGAAGGUUACACAUCUGUGGGCAUCAGUGAGCAUCAGUUACCAGAGGCAGUGGAAGGGACACCCACCAAUAAAGUUCGCUGCAGGCGCUGUAAGAAUUUGGACUGCAGGGUGACACAGAUCUCACGAGGGACGCUCUUCUUGCCAUCCUGGGUACGGAGUGGCGGUGCAGAUGAUGAUUCAAUGACUUUCAUGACUUGUGCUAAUUGUGGAGAGCAGUGGUACCACAGCAGCUGGGUUUGCCUUUGAGCAAGUGUGUAUGUAUUUAUAACUGUAAUAAAGAUGAAUAGUAGUAUUUUUAAGUACUAACUGACCAUUUUUGCACAGUUAAACCAAACAAAGAUUUUUUAUUCAGAAUAAGUUUCUUGUGGCCUUCAGUUUGGUGCAGUGAACCCUCACAACGCAUUUCACCCAAUGCAUUGAGGGUUCACGGCACCAAACUGAAGACCACAAGAAAGUUGUUGACCCAGAGCAGAUACAUACUUGCAUAAAUGCAAAUUUUUAAAAUGCAUGGUUUUCAAGUACAGGAACCACAAGUUGCAAAUGCACAAGGUUUAUCACAUAACUUAAAUUAUUUUAAAUAUAUAUAACCAUUAAAUAUGUUAUACUUUUGCUUUCAGGUUAAUUUUGACUCUGGUGUAAAUUGAGGCAUUAAUGUAAUGUUAUGUUAUGUUAAUCUAUGAGAUAGAUUUUCAAAAAUACUUUUAGAAGUCUAUUUAGUCUCUUACAAACACACUUUUGGGACUGAAUUAUUGCUGAUUAAAUUAAAUAUGCACACCUAUUAACCAUCGUAUUAAAAAGUAUAACCUAUUAAGGUUUUUAGAAAUCUUAAAGUCUAUGAUGUUGUCUUGUUAUGAAAUGAAUAUGUGGGUUUCAUAAAUGUAUACAAUUUACUUUUAAGUAGUUGUGAGUUGCAUUAAGUUAAAAGCAAUUUAAAUCAUUUAAUCCAUUGGUUUUGACUGAGUUUUGACUUGACUUUCACCAACUUUAUACAUUUGUUAAUUUCUCUAUACUAAAAAGGUUACUUAAACUGUGACUUGUACUGCAAUAAUAAUAAUUACUGUAAGGUAAAUUCUAAA